AUGGACAACGUUGUUGGCCAGGAAAAUAUUCGAAACAAUGUGGCAGAAGAAGAGGUAAUUUCAUAUAAAAAUGAACAAAAGGAUGCGGGGGAGAGGAAGGAAGUCGUUGAAGGAGAGGAUUCAGUACCUGAUAAUACGAUCUCAUCGACAGCGACGCAAAAGGACGUUGCUGUAGGUGACAAAAGUAACACAAAGGAUACUUCAGCAAUUGUAGCUAAUGUACCGAUAGACAUACCCACUUCACCAAAAAACAGCAUAGACACCUUUCAAUCACUCCCAACCUCACCAUCUGACCCUUAUAAAACAGCACCACCUGAGACAUUAACAUCGACAAUAAAUACAUCUAAAAUAAUAGUACCAAAACGGAUUGUUCGAAUAGAAAGAGAUUAUUCUCGUGGAGAGGUCUGUCAAUUCCGUACAACAUUUCCAAUAGAAAUUGAAGGACGGGGAGACUAA